UUUAUUAAAUUUUUUCCAGGCGAAAAUGGCUGCCUCUCUCAUCUAAACCUCUACCCUAAAGGAUUAAAUGAACAUGAAAUAGGCAGCAGAAAUCCCAGUCUCGCUUCAAGACAACACUGAUGGACGCCAGGGCGUAGUGUGUGCAGGGCCUUCACAAAGAUGUUGUGGCUGCCAGAGAAGGAAAAUGUAUGCGAUUCAAAAUUAACCCUUUCCAGUCCAACACCCACCGAAAAAUAAGAAGAUGAUGCAUCAAGUGACCAGUAGCAACAGUGACUAUUGUAUGAGUGGCCUGGCAGAGGACUGCCAUCCAGCCAGCCACUUUGAUUUAUGUAGCUCACAAUCCAACAAAUUCUACCCCUCUCAGACAACCCCUGGUUUGCAGCUGUCCCUUGCAGGCUUAGCCCCUUUGCCCCAGGGCAUGCACAAAGCCAUGGCAUGUCAAAUGCAAGACACCCAGAAUGACUUCCAGCCUCAGACGGUAAGGAUCAGGGGCAGUGAGGCUGCAGGGCCCGAUGGGUCUAAGAAGAAGAAGGGCAAUGGAAAGUCAGGGAGGAGAGGGAGGCCAUCGGGGACCACAAAGUCAGCUGGGUACCGUACAAGUACAGGACGUCCACUUGGUACAACUAGAGCUGCUGGGUUCAAAACCAGUCCUGGGAGGCCCCUUGGUACCACCAAAGCAGCAGGUUAUAAGGUCAGCCCCGGCAGGCCCCCCGGCAGCAUCAAGAGUCUAGCUCGGCUCAAGAACCUUGAGUUUGGUUGUGACGGCGCCAAGAAAAUUGACUUUAGCAACUGCAGUGUUCCCAAGAAAUUAGACUUCACUAGCUGUGAUGUUCCAGCUUUUCCAUAUGCCAUGAUGGAGAAAAGACCCCUCUGUGAGCCCAGUGGAAAAGUGGAUGAAACCAGUGAAUAGCUCUGAGGAUUUCUCUCCAGUGCUCCAGUCCAGAAAAACAUUUGAGUGCAUGAGCAAGAAGAUGCUUUGAAAAACAUUUCUCUCAAAUGUUAGGCGAGGACUUUUUGUCAUAUAGAAAUGGCUCUGACUGACUUCUCAAUGUGCAGUGUUUGACAUCGUCUUCAUCCUCUCAUAAUAAACAAAUUUCAAGUAUGUUA